AUGGCAGCCCCGGACGCGCGUACCGGGGAUGUGUUGAGUCACGGGCACCUGUUUGGCCUCAAGACCGACGUGAAGAGCAACGUCCACUUUGUCGAUGAACACUUGGUGGUGUACCCUUGCGGCCAUAGUGUUGUCUUCCUCCACGUCGAAUCACGUGCGCAGCAGUUAAUAAGCGGGACCGCUUCGGCAGGCAUUACAGCUCUGGCGCUCACAACAAACCGCCGUCUCCUUGCGGUGGCGGAGUCGGCAAUGACGGAAAAGGGCUGCCCCACCGUUAACAUCUACGAUGUGGUCAAUCUGAGGCGUCGCAAGAUGCUCUCCUGGCCCGAAAUGGGCUCUCCGAAUAUUGUUUCCGUGGCGUUUUCGGCAGACGGCAGACUUUGCCUGACCCAGGGAGGCGCGCCGGAGUGGAAGUUGGUGCUGUGGACGGCUGAGAAGGCGGCGAAAGUCAUCUGCUCGGUCAAGAUCUCUAGCCCAGGAGCAAACGGUGACCCGGCCCCGGCAGUGAAUCAAGCGGACUUCUGUCCUUCAGAUCCCGCCGUGGUUUGCGUUACCGGGGAUAAAAUUCUACGAUUUUUCCGUGUGGUUGACGCUCAGUUCAAGCCUCUACCGCUGAGUCUAAAGAUGGAGCUACAGGUGUACACGGCACAUUGUUGGCUUGCGGACGAUCAGGUCGUGGUAUCAACAGAUCAAGGCGAUUUGUACCUUUUCGAAACCUUGGAGUUUCGGUGCGCGCUAGGGACCCCCACAGUCGAGGCUAUCUGCAUCCUGGCCGCCUUCACCAAGGGAUUCGUCGCUGGCGGUGCCAACGGGGUAUUAAGGGUGUUCGAAAGAUCGGACGAACCCGGAGAGUUCUUUAAGUGCCUCAAGACGUUUCGAAUUGAAGCUAACGUGAGCUCCAUCACCAACCUUGCGAUCAGCCCUAGCGAAGACCAGCUGGCUCUUACGACAUCCAACAACCAGAUAUACAGCCUUGCCUUGUCGAACACGGACAUCUUGAAAGAGGACACCAUGAAUUUCGAGAGGAUGGCGGGGCCGUUUCCCAUUCCAACCGCUCCUACGCGCCCUGGCGGGGGGACAACAGGGGUCCCCUCGUCGCGAAUCACCGGCGUCUCGGUGGCGGUGUGGAAGCCCCUGGUGGCGACGGUGGGCAUGGACAAGGCUCUUCGACUUUGGAACUUCCAGGACAAGUCUUCGGAGCUCAUCAGCUUCUUCGACGCCGCACCCCUCGCCGUCUCCCUCCACCCCUCCGGCCUGUACCUCCUCGUUUCCUUCGGCGAAAAGGUUCGGCUGUACAGCAUCCUCAUGGAGGACGUGCGCGAGUUGAAGGAGUUCGUCGUCAAACACUGCCGAGUGGUGUGCUUCAGCGGAGGGGGGCAAUAUUUUUCUUUUUCUCACAACGCUCAGAUCCUGGUGUACGAAACUUUCACGUGUAAUCUCGUGACGUCUCUUAAAGGUCACCAGGGAAGGAUCAGGUCAAUCGUGUGGAAAGAGAGGGACCGCCGGAUCUUGACUGCUAGCAGCGAAGGGCAAGUGUACCUGUGGGAAACGUGCACCGGAAAGAGGCUGCCCGACAUCUACCAGGCUCGGUGUGCCCUUCACGCCGCAUCUGCAACGAGGGACUUCUCGAGGCAGUUUUGCGUCGGAGACGACAUGCAGAUCAGGGAGUUAAACCUGGUGAAAGCCUCGCCCGAAGCUGCUACCGGGGUGAAAGCGCUAGUUUCCACCAACGUCCCCUUCGGCGUGCUACAGGUGGCUGACAAAGUCAAGAUGCUUUUCGCAGGCAUUGCUCAGCCAGGGAUGCCAGGAGGAAUCCGCGCCUACCCCAUCGGCCAAGGGGAGUACGGGUGCUUGUCUCUGGCGGUGUCUUGCAUGGUGCUCAAUCACGACGGCAGUCUGCUUUUUGUCGGGGGCGAGGAUGGCGUGCUGGCCAUGUAUUGCGUCGCCGAGGACCCGAAGACUGCGGAGAGGAAGGCCCGAGAAAGGGAUGCCGUGGAGUACAUGGAGGAAAUCCUGGUUACCAAGACCGACAUUAAGGUCCAGUCCAAGCAGAUGCAGGGGCUCAAGAACGCUGUGGACGAGCUCAUGCUCAACAAUGAGUACCAGCUCCGCCUAAAGGAUAUGAACUACAAGGAGAAGACUCGAGAGAUCACAGACAAGUUCACGGUGGAGGUGGAGAUGGACCGUCGCUGCUACGGAGAGCUCUUAGACGAGAGAAAAAACAUGGAACUUACGUACGAGGAGAGGAUUGCGCAGCUGCAGGAUCAACACGCCGAGGAGAGGACUGGGCUGGAGGCGCAGCACCGAAAUAAGAUUAACGCCGAGAUCAACCGUUACCAGGCCAUGGUGCAGGAGAAAGAGGAGCUCAGCAGGAAGUGGGACGAAGAGAACCAGAGUCUCGUGGACGCUCACACGGAAGCGCUGCAAAAGGUUAUCGAGGAGUACGACAAAAAGGUGGAGGAAGAGCAGUCCCAGCAGCGGGAGCUAGCCCUGGAAAAGGAGAAGAUGGCCGCCGCUUUCGACAACCUCAAAAACCUCGUAGAAGAAGACGCCGACACGGAGACGGAGUACGUCAAGACCAAGUUCAUGGCCAAGCUGGCCGCGGAAAAGGAGGCGACGCUAAGGCUCAAGGGGGAGAACGGCAUCAUGAAGAAGAAGUUCUCACGCCUGAGCAAGCAAGUGGAGGAUCAGAAGGAGGACAUGACCACCCUGCAAGAGAGACAGAGAGAUCUCUUCGAAACCAUCAAGUCUCUCGAAAAGGACAUCCAGGGGCACAAGAAAGAGAUUCGCGAGAGAGAGGAGACCAUCGCCGAUAAGGAGAAGCGCAUCUACGAUCUCAAGAAGAAAAACCAAGAGCUGGAGAAGUUCAAGUUUGUCUUGGACUACAAGAUCAAGGAGCUCAAGCGCCAGAUAGAGCCGAGGGAGAACGAGAUAGCGCACAUGCGCAACCAGAUCGAAGAGAUGGACCUUGAGCUUGAGCAGUACCACAAAAGCAACUCUGCCCUCGACCUGAUGAUCGGAGAGCUCCGGCUCAAGGUGGACGGCAUGCAAAAGGAGCUUCACACGCAGAACAAGAGGCUAGAGGAGGGGGCUCGUUUCGCAGAGCAUUUCCACAACGACCUCAGGGCGGCAGUGCAGAACAUGGCGACGGACGACAACCGGGCCCUCAAGAAGGCCAUGGUGGCGCUCUACAAGCUCUACAACAACGACAACCCGGUCGCGUCGGUCAAGAGGGGAGAGGAUGGCGAUGUGCAGCGGGAGUACAAUCGCCAAAGAAAGCACCUGGAGAGGAAUGUCGAGGCUCUCAAGAGCAGCAUUGACAAGGAUAUGCGCAUGUUUCACCAGGACCGGUCUCGGCUGAACCGGGAGAACGUAAUGCUCACGAGGGAGAUCAACGACCUCAGACGAACAGCCAAGGCGCUCUCGCUGCAGCAGAGUGGAGUCGAGCGGUGUUUCACGAGCUUAACAGACCAGAUUUCGCUGUCUUAUCCUCGUCUGCCGGAGAGAGUGCAAAGGACUGAAGCGUGUCCACCGAUAGGUCUCUUCAGCGAGAAUUUCGCCGAGCCCUGCAUCUCGGGACAGGUCAUGCCAGGCGGGCAAGGGGGUGCUAGCAGCAAGAACCUGUCCAAGGGGAGAAGGGUGCAGCGGUUAACCGAGAGCUCAACAAACGCCUCCACAAUGGCCUUGGUCGGCCCCGCGGCGCACCCUACGCCUCCUUCCGGAGCGGUUCGGCAGAAUAAUAAGGAGGCAGUGGGGGUUGGUGGGCAACAACGAUUGGCUGCUACCGGCACGAGCAACGAGGGACACCUUUUGGGGCAGCAACAGAUGUGGAGGGAGAUUGAAAUGCAGGAGCAACAGAUUCGGCAGCUCGAACACCACGCCGCACAGCUUAAAGAGUCCCUCCGGGCGGGUGGCUUGAUAAGCAAAUCGAUAAACUCGGGGGACGGCGUGGCCGCCGAAGGGGGUGGGGGAGAAGCCGAGCAAGCACAAAACCGAGGAGCCGACGGAGAUUUGCCGUAG